AUGUAUAGUAAUGUUUGUCGUUUGAUUGCUUUUAUAGAACCUUACAUAGAAAAAGACGAAACGGCAGAUGCUAUUAGAGCUGAAAAACGAAGGAAAGAGGCUAAAGAGGCCAGAUUGCAUUAUAUAAAGCAGGCUGUCAAUUCCUUGUAUAGAGGUGAAGAUGAAUACUAUUACGAAACGGACGAGGAAAUUGAUGAACAAGUUUGGUAA